AUGGAACUUGUACAACCUGAAUCAAUAGUAGGUGAAUAUUUAGAGGAUCUAAGAAGAUGGUCUGUUGAUAAAUUAAGAGAUGAAUUAAACAGAAGAAAUAUUCAUUUUGAUAUUAUUUCAGGACGAAAUGAAUUAGUGAAUUUAUUGAAGCAAGAAAUAGAAGAAGAAGCACAAAUUGGUAAAGAAUCAAGAGAAGAUUUUUCAAAAAUGGAUAUAGAUGAAAAUCGGAUAUUCCAUCUACCUCUUGGAUGGGCACUUAAAUGCAAUCAGAAAUAUGGUAAAAAAGGUAGUGGAAAGAGACUAGCAAAAGAAGUAGUAGCGGCAUUGACUCAUUUUUUUAUGGUAGGACAACGUGAUCCUAGUGAUCGAUACACUGCAAAGGAUAUGUUAGAUGGACUAAAAGAAAUGGUAGAAAAUGGUGAACUUAUAGCCGAAGCAAUACCUUCUUUAAAAAUAAUAGAAAAUUGGAUUACUAGAUUUUCUAGUUCAUCGAAAAAAGAACAUGCAGAACAAUUUCUAAAACAAAAUAUUUGUUAA